GAGCUCGGCGGAGCAGUUGGCUACAGUUGUUGCAACUUUUUUCGAAAGCUCGGUUUCCCGGGAGAUCCCAGGCGGUGGCUGAGCCGGGCCAUGGCUAGAGGCAGGAAGAUGUCCAAGCCCCGCGCGGUGGAGGCGGCGGCGGCGGCGGCGGCGGUGGCAGCGACGGCCCCGGGCCCGGAGAUGGUGGAGCGGAGGGGCCCGGGGAGGCCCCGCACCGACGGGGAGAACGUGUUUACCGGGCAAUCAAAGAUCUAUUCCUACAUGAGCCCGAACAAAUGCUCUGGAAUGCGUUCCCCCCUUCAGGAAGAGAACUCAGUUGCACAUCACGAUGUCAAAUGCCAGGGGAAACCAUUAGCCGGAAUCUACAGGAAACGAGAAGAGAAAAGAAAUUCUGGGAAUGCAUUACGGAAUGCCACGAAGUCUGAGGAACAGAAGAUCAAAGACGCCAGGAGAGGUCCCCUGGCACCUUUUCCAAACCAAAAAUCUGAAGCAGCAGAACCUCCAAAAACUCCAACCUCGUCUUGUGAUUCUACCAAUGCAGCCGUCGCCAAGCAAGCCCUGAAAAAGCCCCUCAAGGGCAAACAGGCCCCUCGGAAAAAAGCUCAAGGAAAAACGCAACAGAAUCGCAAACUCACGGAUUUCUACCCUGUCCGAAGGAGCUCCAGGAAGAGCAAAGCUGAGCUGCAGUCGGAAGAAAGGAAAAGAAUAGAUGAAUUGAUCGAGAGUGGGAAGGAAGAAGGCAUGAAGAUUGACCUCAUCGACGGCAAAGGCAGGGGCGUGAUAGCCACCAAACAGUUCUCCCGGGGCGACUUCGUGGUGGAGUACCACGGGGACCUCAUCGAGAUCACCGAUGCCAGGAAGCGGGAGGCUUUGUAUGCACAAGACCCCUCCACGGGCUGCUACAUGUACUAUUUCCAGUAUCUGAGCAAGACUUACUGUGUGGACGCAACCAGAGAGACAAACCGCCUGGGAAGGCUGAUCAAUCACAGCAAGUGCGGGAACUGCCAGACCAAACUGCACGACAUCGACGGCGUACCUCACCUCAUCCUCAUCGCCUCCCGAGACAUCGAGGCCGGGGAGGAGCUCUUGUAUGACUAUGGGGACCGCAGCAAGGCCUCCAUCGAAGCCUACCCGUGGCUGAAGCAUUAGCCGGCCGUCGCCCUCCCUGCCCCGCCCUCCCUUCUUCAAAGGACAAAGUGCCCUCAAAGGGAAUUGAUUUUUUUUUUUUUGUACACACUUAAUCUUAGCGGAUGACUUCAGAUGUUUUUAAAAAAUAUAUUAAGAUGCCUUUUCACUGUAGUAUUUAAAUAUCUGUUACAGGUUUCCAAGGUGGACUUGAACAGAUGGCCUUAUAUUACCAAAACUUUUAUAUUCUAGUUGUUUUUGUACUUUUUUUGCAUACAAGCCGAACGUUUGUGCUUCCCGUGCGUGCAGUCCAAGACUCAGCACAGGUUUUAGAGGAAAGAGUCAUGUUUGAAGCAGGAAGCCGGGCGAGUCUCCUGCCUCCGGUGGAAGAGCCAGGACUUUGUCCCCGCACUCCCGACGUCCCGAGACGGCGUGCGAGGAAGACGCUGCCUCCCAGCGGCCUGGACGGGAUGUUCCCAAGCUCUUGUUCUCCUGACGUCUCGACAGGCGCACACUGAAGUGUAUGAAUAUUUUUUAAAAAGGUUUCACAGUAAGCUAGUCUUCCCCUCUGCUUUCUUGAAAGCUUACUGACCCCGUGGCCCGGGAGCACGGGCCGGGCGCAGAUUUACUCUUCCAUAGGCUGCCGCUUUUCUGGGCACCUUGAAGCAUCAGGGUGGGUAAUGAAACCAGACAUGGGCAGGGAAAGCAUCGCUUACCUACCGCCAGGGCAGGGUUUCCUGCAACUGGGUUAAUUCUUUAUAGAAAUGUGAACACUGAAUUUAUUUUAAAAAAAAAAUAAUAAAAAUCAAAAAAAGAAACCAAAAAAAAAAAAUAAUCAAAAAAAAGAAAAAAGAAGAAAAACCACAGAAAACAACUUACAUGUAUAUAGGUCUUGAAGUGAGUGAAGUGGCUGCAUUAUUUUUGGGUUUUUUUUUUUUUUCUUUUUUUGGUUUUUGUUUUUGUAGAAGAGAUUUGAGAUGGUACUCUAUUCUAAUCAAAAAUAAAGUUUUUGUAGUGGGACCAGAAAUUACUUACCCGACACCCCCCCCCACCCCAUCCCUACGACACACCCCCGAUUCUGCUGGGUUGAAAGUUCCAGGCCUGCUGUCAAGGCCUUCUGUUUUGUAAGACCACCCGUGUCCUUCCUGUGAAGACGCAGCCGUGAACUGGAGUGUGAGCCCACAAGCCCGGACCCCCGCCCCAGCCACCACUGCCCGCCUCAGAGAAAGGUGCCAGGUGUGCGGGGCAGCGGGCAGGGCCCAGCAGCCCCCAGGGAUCAAGGAUAAGGCUGAAGUUUCCCCUCGACUGUGAUGGCAGGAGGAGUGGGUGGCUUCCUCCUCCCUCCCUCAGCAGGACCGACUCUCACGCACUGUCCCUUCAGUCCCGGGGGCCGGGGCUCAGGAGCUCAGGGGGCUGGGGUCUCCGGCUCGCCCUGGUCCCAGGUAAAUGUGAACGGAGACAGGUGUGAGAGCCUGUCCUCGUCCUCGAUGCACCCCCACCCCAGGCCUCACGACGGUGCUACCUAAGAAAGUCUUCCCCCCCGCCCCACACCAGCCUGGUCAGCGGUCAGCCAAUUCAUUGGAGGAGGAUCCGACGGGAGUGUGUAAAUGUGAGAUAAAAUGUCUUGAUUGUACCUGUUUGUGGUUUAGCUUUGUAUUUAAGCAAACAAACAAAAAAGGAAAUAAACUUGAAAAUUAUUUGUCAUCAUAAAAAUGAAACAAGAAAAAUUAAAAUAUUUAUUGCCAGGCAA